GAGACAACUCUAAUAGAACUGAGUGGUAAACAUAUAGAAAUAUAAAGCAAUGCGGGCGGUUAUACAAAGGGUUAAGGCCGCCAAAGUGACGGUGGUGGAUGAGCUGGUGUCCUCCAUUGGUCCGGGUCUGUGCGUGCUGGUGGGGAUUAAGGCCAGCGAUACCGCCAAAGAUGUUGAGUAUCUGUAGAGUCCGCAAGAUCUUGGCCUUGCGUUUAUUCGAGGAGGAGGGCAAACGGUGGCAAAAGUCUGUCAAGGAUCUGAAUCUGGAGCUGCUCUGCGUGUCCCAGUUUACAUUGUACCACCGGCUCAAGGGCAACAAGCCGGAUUUUUCGGCGGCCAUGAAGGGUGAGGAAGCCCAGCAGCUGUACAAUCACUUCCUGGAUCGCUUGGGGCAAUCCUACGACAGCAGCAAGAUUAAAGAUGGCAAAUUCGGAGCCUAUAUGCAGGUGCACAUAGAAAACGAUGGACCUGUGACUAUUAAUCUGGAAACUCCAGAUCAAAAGCAAUCGGACGAGGGAGUGGACAAGUGAUGAUGAAAUAUACAAAGACUACAUACGUUUA